AAGGAGGCGGUGACUGCCGCCUGCUGCCGCCGCCGCCGCCGAGCCCGUCUCUUCUCCAGUCCCUAAUGGCGCUCGCGACAACGGCAGCAGCUGCGCGGCGGCAAGGCUGAGCCGAAUGGAACGCUGAGACACCGACGGAAUGUUCACUGUUGCUACAUAAUCCCGCGCCCCCUCCCCCCUUCGGAACGCGGCUCGCCCGGCCGUUCUACGAUGGAACCUGCGCAGCAACCCCAGCUUGGAAGCCGAGAAACGCCGGCCCCGAGGAUCGGCAAGGGGAAGCGGCCGAGCUCCCCGGGCCAAGCCGCCCCCGGCAUCGAGAGCGGCCCCGGCAUAGGAAGACCCAGCCCGUUGGAAGGGGGCAAAGGAACAGCCGCCGUCGCAGGAGCCGCGAGGACGGGGCUCGUCGGCGGCCACCACCGGCGAAGGAAACGAGGGGCCGCGGCCACCGGCUGCGGCGCUUCGUUGGCGCUAGCGGCCAACGGGACUCAAGCGGCGGCAGCGGCUAUUCCCGGCAACGGCGCCAACUCCCUCCUGUUGCGGAGAGGCAGACUGAAGCGGAAUCUGUCGGCGGCUUCUUCCCCCGCCGCUCCGAUCGCCGCCGCCGCCGCGCUGGGGACCCGCAGCUUAGAUCGGAAGACGCUGCUUUUGCUGCCCAAGCCUCCCCGGCAGCUCCAGCCUCUCCAAGCCCCAGAGCGAGACUGGGUGCGGCGGGACCUACAGCGAGGAUGCGUCCAUGUCUACUAUUACUAUCCCCAGCAGCAGCAACAGCGGGGGAGCGGCGGCGGCUGCUCUCUGCUCCCGGUGCUUUGCAACCUGGAGACCACCGCCGCUGAAGUGGCGCUUCGCUUGCUGCAGCUCGGGCACCGGGGAGGCGGGAGUAGCGCUGUCCGGGUUUGGGGGAAGGCGGCGGCCGAGGCUCCGCUGCUCCCUAAAGAAGAGGCGGCGGCGGCGGAUGAUUUGCUCCUACAACCAGCAUCGGCUUCUCUCGGCGGGAAAGAAGAGGCGCUGCCCGAGCCCGCGGAGGCUCCAACUUCUCCGGCGGGAAGUUUAACCCCGAUCCCAGUCGGGAGAAGGCCCCGAAGCCGGCGAGGGGCCCCCAACGGCUUGGGAGCCGGCGAGGCGGCGGCUGUUCGGCCCAGGCGCCUGGCUCUCAGUGGAGGGGAGAGCGGCCGGGCGAGUGGGCAGCCCAGCCUUUCCCCCUCCGACUGCAGCCCCGGACGGGCCUUUCCGCCGCCCCGCCCCGAACUCUACCUGUCCGGCCCGCCGCUCUCUUGCCCGUCCCUCUUGGGAGGGUCGGAUACCGAGAGCUUCAGCCCCAGCGCCGAAAGCGCCUCCGAUCGCUUGGAUCCUUACAGCGGAGGCGGCGGCUCUUCUUCUUCGUCUUCUUCUUCGGAAGAAUCGGAAGCGGAUCUUGCGCCGCCACCCGCGGCCAAGGAAGAAGGAGCCGGAUCGGGGCCUGGAAGGAACCAGCCACGCCGGCCAGGCGACCCGUUUUCGGUGCACGGGCCGGAAUCCCGGCUAGGCCGUAGUGCCUCGGGGGACUCUUCGGGCAAGGGGAAAGCUCUGCGGGGAAGUUCCUCUCCUGCUGGGGAAGCCGCCUCUCCGCAGCAGCCUCCGGCCUUGUAUGUCCAGCUCCACGGAGAGACUGCCCGCCGGCUGGAAUCGCACGAGAAGCCCCUGCAGAUUCAAAACGACUACCUCUCGCAGCUGGGCUUCCGGGACCUGUGGCGGGUGCAGGAGGAGGGCAUGGACUCGGAGACCGGUUGCCUCAUCCGUUUCUAUGCAGGAAAGCCCAACAGUACUGGCAACUCUGAACGGAUUCAGCUCUCAGGAAUGUACAAUGUUAGAAAAGGGAAAAUGCAUUUGCCGGUCAACAGAUGGACAAGACGCCAAGUUAUCCUUUGUGGGACGUGCCUAAUAGUAUCAUCGGUGAAAGAAAGCCAGGCUGGAAAAAUGCACGUGCUCCCCUUAAUUGGUGGAAAGGUAGAAGAAGUUAAAAAGCACCAACACUGUUUAGCAUUUAGCUCAUCUGGACCUCAAAGUCAGAGUUACUACAUCUGCUUUGACACUUUCACUGAGUACUUGCGGUGGCUUCGGCAAGCUUCAAAGAUUGCAUCCCAGCGAAUAAGCUCAGUGGAUCUCUCAUGCUGCAGCCUCGAGGAUAUGCCUGCCAAUCUUUUUUAUAGCCAGGACCUCACUCAUCUCAAUUUGAAGCAAAAUUUCCUAAGGCUGAACCCUAGCUCAUCAGUGGUCAGAGGACUUGAUGACCUGCAAAGAUUCAGUAAGCUGAGGAGCUUAAACCUUUCCAACAAUCAUUUAGGAGAUUUCCCUUUGGCGAUGUGCAGCAUUCCAACCUUAACGGAGCUCAAUGUGUCCUGCAAUGCACUCAGAAGUAUACCAGCAGCUGUUGGAGAUAUGAACAAUUUACAGACCUUCUUGUUGGAUGGAAACUUUCUCCAGAGCCUUCCGGCUGAGUUGGAAAGGAUGCAUCAGCUUAGUUAUUUAGGCCUCUCUUUCAAUGAAUUCGGUGACAUUCCUGAAGUCCUGGAGAAACUGACUGCCAUGGACAAACUCUGCAUGUCUGGAAAUUGUAUGGAGACACUAAAUUUGCCAAUACUAAGGAAAAUGCCACACAUAAAACAUAUAGAUCUAAGGUUAAAUGUGAUCAGAAGAUUGAUGGGAGAUGAGAGUGACUUCCUACAGCAUGUGACUCAGGUUGAUCUUCGGGAUAAUAAGCUCGGAGAGUUAGAUGCAACCAUCUUCAAUAACAUUGAAAUACUGCACUGUGAAAGAAACCAGCUGGUAACCCUCAAAAUCAGUGGAUACUUACUUAAAGCUCUUUAUGCCACUUCAAAUGAACUUGUUCACCUUGAUGUGUAUCCAGUUCCAAAUUAUCUAACUUAUUUGGAUGUUUCUAGAAAUCACUUGGAGAGCCUUCCAGAAUGGGUUUGUGAUAGCCGAAAGUUAGAAGUACUGGAUCUGGGCCACAACCACAUACGUGAACUUCCCGCUAGGUUAUUUUGCAAUAUCAGCUUGCGAAAAUUACUUGCCGGACACAAUCAGUUGGCAAGGCUACCAGAGAGGAUUGAACGAACUCAUGUGGAGGUCCUGGAUGUGCAACACAACCAACUUGUGGAGCUGCCAUCUAAUCUGCUGCUAAAAGCUGACAGCUUAAGGUACUUGAAUGCUUCUGCCAACAAACUGGAAAUGUUACCUCCAGCUACUCUUUCAGAGGAGACCCAUAGUAUUUUACAAGAACUGUAUUUGACCAACAAUCACCUCACAGAUAAAAGUGUCCCCUUGUUAACUGGUCAUCCUCACCUGAAGAUACUACAUAUGGCUUACAAUCGCUUACAAAGCUUUCCCGCAAGUAAAAUGGCCAAACUCGAAGAGUUGGAAGAAAUUGACGUUAGUGGCAAUAAGCUAAAAUCCAUUCCAACAACGAUCAUGAAUUGUCGCCGCAUGCAUACUGUAAUUGCACACUCCAAUUGCAUCGAAGUCUUUCCAGAAGUCAUGCAGCUUGGCGAAAUCAAGUGUGUGGACCUGAGCUGUAAUGAGCUGACUGAAGUCACGUUGCCUGAAACUUUGCCUCCGAAGCUGCAGGAACUAGACCUGACUGGAAACCCCAGACUAGUUCUGGAUCACAAAACCUUGGAGCUGCUGAACAAUAUUCGUUGCUUCAAGAUUGACCAGCCUUCUGCCGGAGAUGCCUCUGGAGCCCCAGCAGUGUGGAGCCAUGGUUACACUGAAGCAUCUGGAGUUAAGAACAACUACCUUCUACAAUGUACCAUGAGUGAUAUCUUGGCAGAAGAGCUGCAGAAAACAAAGAAUGAAGAGGAAUACAUGAUCAACACUUUCAUUGUAAUGCAGAGGAAGCUUGGCACUGCUGGGCAGAAACUCGGAGGCUCCGCUGUCCUUUGCCACAUCAAACACGACCCAUUAGAUCCAGGUGGAUGCUUCACAUUAACCUCAGCAAAUGUGGGAAAGUGCCAAUCCGUUCUCUGCAGGAAUGGGAAGCCUCUGCCUUUGUCUAGGUCUUAUAUGAUGAGCUGUGAGGAAGAGCUAAGGAGGAUCAAGCAGCACAAGGCCAUUAUUACAGAAGAUGGCAAAGUAAAUGGCGUAACAGACUCAACAAGGAUUUUGGGAUAUACCUUCCUUCACCCAAGUGUUGUUCCACGCCCCCACGUACAGUCCAUUACUUUGACUCCUCAGGAUGAAUUCUUCAUUCUGGGCAGCAAAGGCCUGUGGGACAGUCUAUCCAUCGACGAAGCUGUGGAGGCUGUCAGAAACGUGCCCGAUGCCCUUGGAGCUGCCAAGAAACUUUGCACGUUGGCUCAGAGCUAUGGCUGCAACGAUAGCCUCAGUGCUGUGGUGGUUCAGCUCAACGUAACUGAGGAUAGCUUCUGCUGCUGUGAGUUAAACGGGGUCCCUCCUCCCAGCCCGGGCAGCUUCCCCCAGUCUGUCAAUGUAGUCAUCAAAGAUAAGCCUUCUGAUGCUUUGGGGAUGCCUUCGUCGAGCAGCGGCAUGGCGUCCGAGAUCAGCAGCGAGAUCUCCACUUCCGAAAUGAGCAGCGAGGUUGGAUCCACGGCCUCUGACGAGCCACCUCAGGUAACCAUGAACGAAAACAGCCCCGCUUACCCUAACGAACAGCGCUGUAUGCUCCACCCAGUUUGCCUCUCCAACUCCUUUCAACGGCAGCUGUCCAGCGCUACAUUUUCCAGCGCCUUUUCAGACAAUGGCCUUGACAGUGACGACGAGGAGCCCAUCGAAGGGGUCUUUUCUAAUGGCAGCAGAGUCGAAGUGGAAGUGGACAUCCACUGCGGCCGGGCAAAGGAGAAGCAGAUGGUGGUGCAGGCCCCGGUGGAAGUCACUGACGAAGGCAUCGUCACCAGUGCGAAUGAAGACGAAACGUGCCUCCUUCGGAAGGCCGACGCUUCGGCCACUGGCACUAUUGGGCGCCGCCGAGGCAACGGCUCCGUGGCUCCUCAGGAGAGGAGCCAUAACCUAAUCGAAGUAGCAGCCGAUGCGCCACUCAGGAAGACGGGGGGCUAUUUUGCCGCUCCAGCUCAGCCAGAUCCAGAUGAUCAGUUCAUCAUCCCACCAGAGCUUGAGGAGGAGGUGAAGGAGAUAAUGAAGCAACAUCAUGAGCAGCAACAGCAGCAGCAACAACAGCAGCAACAGCAGCAACAGCGUCAAUAUCAGCUGGACCAACUGCCCGAUUAUUACGACACACCACUAUGACGGAGCUUUGGGAAACAAGCUAACAAGACAUUAAGAUCUGGAAGCUCCUUAGGUUUGUAUUACACUAAUGAGGUGAGGAAGGAAGGAAGCUUUUGUUCCACUUUCUCUUCCGGAUCCUUCCCUUUAACUGAGAAGUGCAGCUGCUUCUUGUUUGUUAGCCCUAACGAUCACCAACUUUUUUUUUUUUCCUUUCCUUUUUCUAGUGAUGCUUCACUGGUUAGAAAUUAAUCUAGUUUAACUCCUCCCCUUCCUUAACAUAUCAGAUGUGUACAAAACAAAGUGGAGAAAAAUUAAAAUACAAAAGGUUUAAUAUAUUACAAAGAAACUGAUGAUGACGUUGAUGUAAUAUUUUUUAAAAUUGUUCUUUUUUUUCCUCUGUCUCUUUGGAAAACAGGGCAGUAUUGCCAGUGCUAAAUGAUUAAAUAAUAUUGUAAUACUGUUAUUUCUUUGAGAGAAACAAAAAGGCUUUUUUGGUCUUGAAAAUGGAUAGACAUUUGUAGAAUUAUGGAGACUAACUCCUAGGAGUUGCUUUUACUCUUUCAGGUGACUUUAAGUCACUGAGACUCACUAAUUUUCUCUGAGAGAACAGUUGAUUGGGAAAUUCCUGUAAAUAACUCAGUGUUGUAUAGUGAUGCUUCACAUGUUUUUGUAGACCUGACAGGAGGGCACAACCUAAUAAACUGACAUUCGUCCCCACCCACACACACACACACCUGUUUCCAUUUACACCCGGGAGCUUUCGCAUGUAUGUCAAAGCUACCAUUGAUGCCACCAAAUUGGGAGGGCAGGAAAAUCCUAUCAACAUAUAGCCCUCUCAGCGGGUGAAGGUGAUGAAAUGUGUGAGGCCCUGAUGACCUAAUGUAUCUGUACCACCAUGUCCGGUUGCCAUUUGAUUUGGCUGGGCCCAAGUCAGCAGGGGCGGGGACUGUGUUCUCAUGUGAAGUUGCCCACAAAUGAUGAUAUUUUU